AUGGCUGAUGUUAUGGAUGACAUCCCUCCUGCCUUCGACGACGAAAGUGAUGCUGGCAAUCACACCAUUAUGGCCGAUGCUUCCGGCUGUGAUGGUGAGCCACAUAGUGGGGAUUUCUCGGACUCGGAUUCAAGUCAUUCUGGUGCUAUGGACGAUGUAGAGUCGGCUAUUACGGCAGACCAUACGCCCAUAUGGCCCGCCGGGGAGGCACCCAAUUUCCGGUACAAGCUAUCGACUUAG